AUGGUUCGCUUUCUAUCCAACCUUACCUUUUUCUUCGGAAUUGGUAGUUGGGCUUCGCCUACUCCUGAGGCCGUGGAUUGCACUGGCGUGAAUGCCAUUAGCAUGAAGUGCGCCUCUCCCGAGGUUCCUUACAAGCGCGACUUCUUUUACGUCGGCGGCCACUCUGUCAAGGCUGCCUCUGGCAACAUCACCGUUGACCAAGUCUACGUCGAGAAGCUCACCCCCGCGAGAAGAAUUACCCAGAAGAACCCUCUGGUUUUCUUCCACGGUGGUGGUCUCGCUGGAAGCACAUGGCUCAACACCCCCGACGGCCGCGAAGGAUGGGCUAGCUACUUUGUCAAGAAGGGUUAUGUCAUCUAUCUGGUCGAUAAUAACGCCGUCGGCCGAAGUUCCGAAAAUGCUAUUUCGAGCUACCCCAUGUCCUCUGGCUCUGCUUCCGAGACUGUCAUGAAGUUCUUUACUUCACCCGAGAACUACGAUACUUAUCCUCAAGCCAAGCUUCACACUCAGUGGCCUGGCACGGGCGCUGAUGGUGACCCUGUGUACGAUCAGUUCAAGAAGUCUCUGAUCCCUCUCACCACAAACUUUGUCGGACAAGAGAAUGCUCUCCGCAAGGCUGGAUGUGAGAUGCUUUCUAUGCUUGGAGAGAAGGCUUUCCUUGUCUCUCACUCGCUUGGUAGCAGAAACCCCCUUUUGCUGUCCAACGAUUGUCCUGAGUAUAUCGCUGGCAGCAUUAACCUUGAGGCUGCUACUUCACCUUUCUGGUCCUAUGCUGAGGGACUUGGCGGCUAUGCUGGUUCGCCUUGGGGUUUGACCAACACACCCGUUACUUACGAUCCUCCUGUCAGCGACCCAUCCGAACUCGAGCAUGAGUCAGUUGGAAACGAGACCCUCGCCCACCGUAACUGCUACCUCCAAGUUGAGCCCGCCCGCAAGCUUCCUCAAAUCAACAAGGUUCCUUACCUUCUUCUCACUGGCGAGGCUUCCGUCCACGUCACUUACGAUCACUGCGUUGUUGAUUUCCUCAAGCAGGCUGGCGGCAAGCCUGAGUGGAUCAAGCUUGCUGACUGGGCCAUCAAGGGUAACGGUCACUUCUUGCACGUCGAGAAGAACAACCUUCAGAUUGCUGGCCUUGUCCAUGCUUGGAUUCAGGGUAAACUGAUCAAGGGCAAAGCUUAG